AUGUCUCGUCAACUCAGCCAGAACCAAGAUCUCAGCAUGGCUAAGGCGCUUCAAGCUGAGUUCGCCAAGAACCGCAGCAGCUCUGGCAAUGGCCGUGGUGGCAGUGGUGGUUCCCGCGGUCGCCGAGGCGGAAGUCCCAUGGUUCCUUCACGAGUCAGCUCGCACUCAAACACUGUCCCGAUGUUCUCUGCCUCGUCGUAUACAGCACGUCAGGGCGUUGGCAUAUCUUUCCCUGGGCGUGGAGGAUUUUCACCUGCUGCAGCAGCAAGCGUCACCUCAUCUUCCAGCUCUUAUCGUCAAGAGCAUCAGCCUCCUUCGCAGAUCAACCGCCAAGAGAACCAGCCCAUCUCGCACACCAUGCAAUCCCAACUCCCAGUUCAGGACUGUGGCGACACAUCCACGAGCCAUGAUAUCGAGAUGUCCGAUGGAGAAGUCACUUCGAGCACCCAGAAUCUUGGCCAGAAGUUGAGAGUUUCCAAACAUGGAGGCAUGGAGCAGUCCAGAUGGGCACAAACUGGCCGACCAGAGGUGAGCGGCCGACGAGAGGUAAGCGACCGUCAAGAUCAGGCCGCAGAAUUCGACCGUAGGAUGAAGAACUGGAUUCCGACUCACGUCGCUCAUCCAACUCCGUCGCCAUCCCAUCUGGCUCAGGACAUCCAGAGUCGUUCUCAGACCAUGUAUCAUGGAACAACCCCGACUUCCCACGGAAACGUCCUCGACGCCGACCAAAGAAAUGCAUCUUCGGUUGGUACUCGACGUGUCGCACCUAAUGGCGGCAUGGCCAGUUCCCAAUGGGCAAACUAA